AUGGAGAGUCAUGGGGGCAGGUCCCUCGAGACCCCUCACGGGGUUGCUCCAACCGAACAAAGAACCGUUACCCCCUUGCUUUCGGCCAUGCCACUGGACGUCAGAGAGUCCGGAGAGCCCAUUUUCCACCUCGUCGACGGGAUUCAAAUCCCUCCGACAGCGCCUCGUCGACCCAACUGCCCUGUGCGCGUACAUUCGAGGCCCCAAAUGGCCAUCGUGACGUCUCCUCCUCCCCAGACGUGCGUUCUCCAACCCGUCACGUCUUCGGGGCCGAUAAGGACUACGAAUUUAGCGCGAAGCAGUUCACGGACUAAUAGUGCGAACCCGCGGAGGAACGCAAGUCGAACUGGAACGGGAAGUGUUAAUAGUUCGGUGGAAGCGGUGUCACUAACGUUACCGCGGCCGGAAACGGAAAGAACUGCCAACGAAUACGUAGAAACUCCGUUGCGGUCCGGCCUAAGUCUAAUCGAACCAAAGUUAGAACCUUCUCCUCAUAGAACAAUCAGAUCAACAGGUUUUAGUGGUGGGGGUAUCAUCGGCGAUGAAACCAUACAAAGAGACUCUAAUUUUGCAAUGGUUACGCUCCCCGUGACGGGACUAGAAAGAAAUUCUAAACACGGUGAAAGGAGCAGUCAGAGGCACGGCGUGAGCGGCGGCGGUGGCGGUGGCAUAGGAAUAGGAGUAGGCGGCGGCGGCGGCGGCGGCGAAGAGAAAGUGAUCACUACUCAACCUAGUGCGACUUUUAAAAAAGAACGAUUUCAAUCCGAGUCGCAGUGCUCGAGGCAAAAUGACGACAUAAUAUGCUCCGAGUGCAAGCGAUGCAGGUGCGAGUCGUGUCGAACGCCUCGUCCCCUUCCCUCAAAGUGGCUGUGCGGCACGUGCCAUUGUUCCGCCGACACGAUAGUCGAUUACUCGACGUGCCUAUGCUGUGCGAAAGCAUUUUUCUACCAUUGCUCCAACGACGAGACUGCUUCCUACGAGAACGAUCCGUGCAGCUGCAGCCAAGACCUGUGCUACGCGAGAUGGGGAUGCCUAGGACUCCUGUCAAUUUUUUUACCCUGCCUAUUCUGCUAUUGGCCCUGUCGCGGCCUCGUACAAAUAUGCGAAUCUUGUCACCAAUAUUACAGUAGUCACGGAUGUCGGUGCCAGAAACUCUACCAGGAACCAUCUCCGCUAACAUUCGAAAAAAGAUUGCUUGACAGCCCUGAGUGA